ACGCGUCACUUGCCGACUCGCCGACACACAUUCGCCAUAAUCUCGACACCAGCGCACUUGAACAAACGGAUUAACCAGCCCGGGGUUUUUGUUCCGUCAAUUUCUCACCGAUAACCCUACUACUCCAGGGUUCACGAAUUUUAAUAUCACCCUUGGCACUCCGGGCUUCAGUCGGGACGUACGUGGCUCGUUGGGACUUGGGACUGGGAGUGAGGGUUAUAAUAUUAUAUCCGAGCUGACACACACACACACACACACACACACACUCACACACACGCGCGCAAGUUUGUCUGGCGGGCAUUUCGUUCAAUUCCUGCGACAUCGAGGGGACACAAUUACUGGGACAAAAAGUACUUCUCAGUGGCUCAUUCUUAACUCGCCGAGUACGCCUUUUGGAUACUUAUAUUUAUAAGUGAAGACUUACGGAAACCUCCUCAAUGUCGGCGAAAAAGAUUGAACGCUCAACGAGAUAUGACUACGAACAAGAAAGUAAUAUAGCUCCAGCUCAGACUUCGUCACUACAAAACGGAAAUAUGUCAUAAUUUGCGAAGCUACUUUUGGGCUUUCUUUUCCUCGUUUAUCAAAACACAGCCCUUGGCACUCACAAGCACCACCAACAGAUUCCUGCAAGAAGUCAGCCGUCGCUCCAACGUGCCAAGGUCUGUGAUGAUGCUCCAGCAGCUACAACUCUACAAAGAGAAGACGUUCCCAGGCGCCGGCUACAGCUACGGACACCAGAUCCUCCCGUCCGUUUCUGGCAGAGAACGCCUCUCAAACUUGCACAAACACACGCCUCUCAGCGCGAGAAAUCCCGCGCGCUCCAGACCCCACCAAUCUCUCUUGGACAGACCGCAGACGAGUGCCAGUGUCUUCAGGAAAAGUCUAGAAGACCGAGAUGCCGAGAUUGAGGACGCAGAUGUCCUGUACGGUAAAGGCGAUUCGAACCACCAACCGGAAAGUUCUAAUAGAGCGAUUGUUGUUGAGGAGAAAAUUUACUCUCUGGGUGACUCUGACUUCAAGCCCCAGCAGUUUCAGAAUAGGCAUGUUACCGAGUUCCCAUCUAUUCAGCGGAGUAGAGAAACUAAUUCUGGUGAAAAUCUGAAAAGAGAGGUUACUCUACCAGAUGAAGGGUCUGCUAAUUACUCCCCUUCGGUGUCAAUCAUUCCGAGCGGUAAAGUGGAGACAGACUCGUCCGAGUUUCUCCGGAAAAACAGCGUGUCUCUCGAGAGACGGAACUCUUCGUCCAAACUCUCCAUGACUCUCAAGCAAAAGAGAGAUGCUCUCUCCAGAAGCGCUUCCCUGUCCAAGAUUCCCGCGGUGGGUAAGUUCAAUACCAAGGACGGUCCUAUCCACGAAGAGGAUCGACCACGUGACCCCUCCAACUCUGACGACUCGUUUGAGGUCGAUACAAAACUCGAGGAAUUGUUAGCGGACGAAAUCAGAGCCUUCGAAAACGAAGAGGCUGGCGAGAGUGCAGAGGUGAACGACGACGUCUUUGGAGAAAAUGAUCCUUCAAACGGCAAAGAAGAAACUGAAGACGAAAAGCUUGGCAUUAUUGACUUGGAUGCUUUUGAGAACUCCGAAGGGCCGUUCAGUUUGGAGAAACCGGACACCUUUAUGAAGAGCACCAAGGCGUCCAAAGUCAAAACGAACUUUAACCGUCUCAAGGCAGAACCCGUGAUGCCCCUUCGCCACAACAUCACCAGUGUUCUUCGCCAGGAGCGGACCCGGUACGAGGCCAGUCAGACCAAGAUCAAGGACUAUUUGCAUAAAAUGACAUCUCGUGAUUUCAUGACCAAAGGGCAAAAUGCACGGGACACCACGUCUGCUCAAAGUCGUAAAAGCUCUGCUAAGAAAUAAGGCCAUCUAAAAAAAGACCUGUGCCACAGAGAAAUAAGGCGUGAUGCUAAAAAACCAAAGGCCGUCCCGCUAAGAAAUAAGGCCGUGACGCUGAACCAACCUUCGGAUUUAAUUGACUUGUUCUCUCUUACAGUCUUGUAUAGUUAAAUUGUUAGAUUCAGUAAUGAUCAGUUACCCCAAAGAACUGCUAAGUAGAGAUUAUUACGAGUAUAUAAUUUGUUAAACUUGUCACCCAUUUGAAAGCAAUACAACCCGAUCCCACUUAUCUGAACGUCACAAAUAUUAGGGUCAAUGUAAAUGUAUUGGCUGUAACAACUGAUUCACCAAUCGCUACCUUGGAAUCACAAAGCUCUAUCUGUUCAGUGCCUAGUUUUGAGAAAUUCGACCUCAACAAUUUUUAGUUUCACAACAUGUUAAGCUUUUUCGAAUACACUUUUUUGAUAUCUAGAUAACGACUCUAAUUAAUAAUCUUACGCUUUCGAUAGAGCGGAUUGAACAUUUUUUGGGUAUCUGACCUCGAGGUCUUUGUGACUUAAAAUGACAAAAACUAUCAGAUAUUAUUUUCAGAGAGUGACGUUUAUUGUAGAUGAAAAUUAGUUGGAGGAAGAUUUUUCAAAAAGAAAUUGUAAUUCCGAAACAAAACGAAAGCUUUUUUGAAAAUUCCCUUCGGAUUGUAAGAUAAAGGACUGUUUCUUGAGAGUUCAUCAUCCCGUGAUUGCGUUUGGUUCUAUAUAUGUAUUUGCAACUCUCUUUCAACAUACUUUUGCUUUUGUGUAAGCUGGCUUGUUUCUUUGUUGACGAAAUGGCAGAAUACUGUGUUCGAGAAAGCUUUGGAAGUCUGAGACAUAAUAAUUAAUGAUUCAAUGAAUAAUAAUAUAAAGGAGGGGAAACUUUUGAAUAAGCAUUCCCAUCAACCUGCAAAGCUUGUUUUAUCAAAAUACCAUCGGAAUGCUAUACGAAUACUGGUUAUGUGUCUUGCAUAAACUAUGUUGUCAUGUUAACAUUUUUGGUCAUUUAUAACAUAAUAAUAUGCAUGUCACUGUGGUUUGUUUAUGAGUGUAAGUAUACAUUACGUGUAUAGACAUACUAUUAUGCCAGAAGA